AUGGAUGGUGACAUGGUGAUGCCACAACCUAGGCUCGAUCGACGUUUUAGCGUCUAUGAAUGGGUUAUCUUUGGAAAUAGACCGAGUGAUUAUGAUCCUAAUUUCAAAUGGUGUUCCUCUGAUGAUGAGAAUGGACCAGAAGAUUCGCCAGGUGCUACUCUAUACUCACCAAUUGAUUACAGUGGAUCCUUGUCAAUGGAGGAUAGAGAUAGACAAACAGGACAGUCAAGGCACUGUUUGGUGGCUAAUAAACAAAUGGUUGGGAUAUUUUUAAUAGUAUGGGCAAAAAGCGAUCUCAGAGAUGAUUUUCGCAACCGUAAAGUGUCUUCUGUGAACAGAGGAUUGAUGGGUUAUCUUAGAAACAAGGUACAUUUUCCUUCCCAUGAAUUUGAGAGCGAAAUUUUGAUGAACUAG